CAGGGGAAAUUCACGAGAACGUUGCCUGUAAGGAACAUUUCAGUUAUAAGCAGAAACUUAACAAGCGGGGUUUGUUACUCUUGGAGUGGAGGAGGCAUACAAAGUUCCGGGGGCAGGGGGCAUCGAUUGGGUGAGUGAGUAGUACCAGAGGUGUCGAGACAAGAGGACAGGUUUAGAGGAAAUUUUUUUCCAAGGUACAGCGGCGUGCGCUGCCGGAGAAGUGGGCGUGGGAGAGACUCUCUGAACAUUGAAUGAAUAUUUAAAGAACAUGUGAAUUAUGCAGCCACGGACCAAGAACCGGUAAAUGAGAUUCGUUUACAGGGGUGCUUGAAGGUGGCCAUGGGCUUAGUGCACCGACUGUAAGAUGCUCAUCGGAGGCUGACAGUACAGUCUCGUCCCUCCCCACUCGCAGGACAGGUAAGAUCGUGGCGCCUGGCCCCGGGCGGAGCUCCGAACUGCGCGGGCGGGAGGCCGGCACUGGGCGGGGCGGAGCGGAACGGAACGGGGCGGUCGGACUCGUGCCCCGCUCCUGGCGGCCAGUCGCGGGUAGCAGCCGCACCCGACACUGGCUUGAGUAUGGCUCGCCUGCCGCAGCUCGGUCUGUCAGUAACACUCGGAGCCCUCGGAGUCCUCGGCAUCGUCCUGCUCGCCGCCACGUCCUGGGACUGGGCCGAACCGCCGAAGCACAAGUACGGGAUUGUGAUUGAUGCUGGCUCCUCGCGCACAACCCUUUUCAUCUACAAAUGGCUGUCUGGGAAAGAGAACAACACCGGUGUGGUGAGCGAAGAAAGCAGCUGUCAGGUCGAAGGUCCAGGAAUCUCCAGCUAUGCGGAAGAACCAGCAAAAGCUGGGAAGAGCUUGAAGGCUUGCCUUGACGAGGCUCUGAGAAACAUCCCCUCUGAAAGGCACUCCGAGACCCCCCUCUAUCUCGGGGCAACAGCGGGUAUGCGCUUGCUGAAGAGGGGAUGGGAUGCCAGUAGGUUCCUGCCACCCCCAAUCUGCACCGGCCCAUGCCAGAGCACUUGGAUACCGAGCUCCUCUCCCCUGUGCGUCUGCAGCCUGACUGAUCCAGAAGCAACCCGGAAUGUCUUUGCAGCAGUCAACAGCACCCUGAGGUCCUACAGCUUCAGCUACCGAGGGGCCAAGAUCCUGUCCGGGAGUGAGGAGGGGGUGUUCGGCUGGGUCACGGCCAACUACCUGUUGGAGAACUUCAUAAAGUACGGCUGGGUGGGCCGGUGGGUCAACCCCACCCGAGGCACGGUGGGCGCCAUGGACCUCGGCGGGGCGUCGACGCAGAUAACCUUUGUGCCGGACGUGCCAGUGCGGGAGCCGGAGAGUAAGAUGGACCUGCAGCUGUACGGCCACAACUACACUGUGUACACGCACAGCUACCUCUGCUAUGGCAAAGACCAGGUCAUCCGUAAAGUCCGCGCCAAGAUCUUGGCAACCCGUGGUUCCAGCACCGAUGUGGUCAACCCCUGUCUGCCCAUGGGCUACAACAGCACCUUCGGCCUGAAAUACCUCUACGAGAGCCCCUGCACCAAGGAUGAUAAACCUUCGACUUACUCCCCUGCAACCAACAUCACCUUCAGAGGCUCCUCCAACCCGCCUGAUUGCCAGCGACAGGUCGAGUCCAUCUUCAACUUCACCUUAUGUGACCACGGUGACUGUGCCUUCAACAAUAUCUACCAGCCACCCGUGACUGGGAGCUUCCUGGCAUUUGCAGCUUUCUAUCACACUUUCAACUUCCUGGAGACUACUUUAGGAAAGAGCGUGAAGUCCCCAGAUGAGCUGAAGGAGGCAGCCAAAACUGUCUGCGAAAUGGACUUCAAAACGCUGAAGGAGAAGGCAACCAGAAUUCCAGAGAAGUGGCUGGUAGAUUAUUGCACCAUGUCCUAUUAUAUCUACAGCCUGAUAACCCACGGCUACAAGUUCAACAAACAGACGUUCAGCAACAUUGCAUUCCAGAAAAAGGUGGAGGGCUCGUCCAUCGGCUGGGCUCUGGGGUACAUGCUGAACCUCACCAACAUGAUUCCAGCUGACGAUCUCGUAAACCGCAAGGUGCAGCUGGCUGGCGCCUGGUGGGUCAUCAUCGUGAUCUUCAUCCUGGUGAUUGUGGCAGGAGUCCUGGUCUUCGUCUUGUUCUCCCAUUCAGUGAAGAAUGAGUCAGGGGUGUUGUAGCGUAUGAAGGACCACCAGUGUAUCUCCAAGUGGUCUCCCGGCCCGGUAGUGCCACACUGCCACCUCCGCUUGGGCUAGGGAGGUGUAGUGUUUCAUCCCGUGCCUCCUACUAACCAUGGGAGCUACCUUCCCUCACUCACCCAGAUGCUGCCGUGUACCCCAUUCCCACUGACCCAGUUCUUCUCACACCACCUCCGUUUCCAAUGAGACCGGACCUCUCCCCUUCAUCCAGUGACCCCAGAUCGAACUUCAUCCCACUGACUCCAGCUUAUCAUCCGACCACCCUGACCCUUGCUUCUCCCUCAUUGCUCUCUGCCUCCUGCUCCUGGGGCUCCGACCCCGCUCCUCUGUAUCCUAACCUGACGGUUUGCAACAUAACUGAGCAUUCAUUUCUAGUAACUACCUCGCUUCCCCCUGCUCCACAGGUGGGGCUCAGGGUCGAGUUAACAGCGUUCAGUGAGAUCCGCAAAGCUCAGUUCCGCACCCUCCUUGCAUCGCUCAGACCCACUCUGUGGCUGUCGCUCCUCGCUGCCCACUGACUGCGUUUACUCUGUCACCCCUAACCUCAUUCCCAAGCCAGGAGCCCUGCCCUCUCCCAGCAGCAUGGAGUGGUGUUGUGUUACUCAGCUGCCCUCUCGCACCCCCUCCCUGCCAGCCUCCCGCUGCCGGUGUCAGCGGGAUCUUUGGAAGGUGCUCCAGGAAUGGGGUCACUGUAUCUCCACAGUGGUCCGUGCACCCAACCCUGUCGCCAGUUCACACCCUCGCUCCAAGUCACCAUCUCCCUCGGCCUCACCUUCGUGCUCGUGGCGGGAGAGGUCCGCGAACGUGGGGUGGACGUCCGCCUCUGGCCCAGGAGAGAUGCUGGGCUCCGCUGCACCCGUGUCCAGCCAAGCCUAGACUGGGGACAGGGUUGACCAGUGGCCUCAGUCCCCAGAGUCAGCGUGGAGACACGGAACGGCGGGGAGGGUUGUAGAGGGGUGCCUGACUGACAGGCAAGCACCCUGGUUCACAGGUUCCCUUGCUUAGUGACAGCAGCACCGACAGCCGCCCUCUCUUGGACUGUCUGGUUGGGUUUAAAGCCCCAGCCGGUCUCCUCACUGCCAUGGAUUUCAGUACUCUGUCACUGGGGUGUAGUGUUCCCAUCCCAAGCCUUGGCGAGAACCCUCAUAACUCUGGGGUGGGAAGUCAGAUGGUCAGCAGGUUUCUGCGGCCCUGAAAUAUCUGUAUCAGCAAUCUGCUGAAGGAACUCAGAGGGUCAGAAGCGACGUCUGUGGGUGGGGAAGGAAUUGUCAACUUUAUGGAUUGAAACCCUGCUUUAGGUCUGAGUGGGAAACCCAGUCCUGAUGCAGGGUCUCGACUGAAACAUCAACAGUUCCUUUCCUCCCACAGAUGCUGUCUAAAAAAAAUUAUUUAGAGAUACCACUUGGUCCCAGGACCUUCCGGCCCAACAAGCCCGUGCUGCCCAGUUACACCCAUGUGACCAAUUAAUCUAACCUGAAAUCUGGGAGGGAACCAGAGCACCCAGAAGAAACCCACACAGUCACGGGGAGAACGCACAAACUUCGUACAGACGGCAGCUGAAUUGGUCCCAGUGCUUUAACAGCAUUACAUUACCGUGUCACUGAGUUCCUCCAGCAGAGUGUGGAUGCCAGCGCCUUCUGUCUUUUGUGCCUCCUGUGUUUAUAUCAGCCUUUUCACAUUUCAAACUGCUUCAUCACCAAUAAAGCACUUCUGUCAUAUUGGCAGCUUUGUGAAGUAGGGGGCACUGUGACUGGUUUGUACAUAGCAGGUGACUGUGAGUGACAAGGUAAUCUAUUUUAGUGACCUUAGUUUAGGAGUGAAUUGAAUUUGACAAGUUCACCAGGAGAAUCACUGCGCGCCAGAAAUUUUCUACCUAAAUAAAAGGCAAUGAGACCUUUGUCAACAGCUCACCCUAAAGGGGGAGUCUACUGCCAUUCAUGUCCUGGAUAAUCACCGGGAGUAUCAAGUGAAAUUAUGGGCUUACUGGAAGCCUGUCAUAGCGAAAACAUGGAACACAGCCUUCCCCUUUCAACUUGCCUUUCCUGUAUACAAUCCUCUGUGGAGUUCUUCAAAUCUUUCUUCAAAAUCUGCCCAUUAUUUCCUGGAUCCUGUUUUUUGGAGUGGGAAUUUUCAAUCCUUUUGAUUCGGAGUGAAACGGAUUGUCCCGCAGCUGACAGCACCUUUGCAUUGUCAGAGGAGCCUCUGUCAUGCCUCGGCAUCUGGUCUCCAGACUUGGGAGGCUUCGCUUCCCAGAAUUGGUUUUCAGUGACUGUUGCCCAGGCAACGUCCCAGUUCCUGUGCCGUGGCUCCUUGUGAACUCGGCCUGCACUCACUGCAAGAUGGACAAAGCCCAGCACGUACGUGGCUGGAAAUGGUUAAGGUGCAGACCGCGGAGCCCUGGCAUGUGCGAUGAAAUUCACUGCCCACCGUUGCCCAACUGAAAGAAUCCCCUGACUCAGUGACGUCGACUACAGCAAAGGCCAACCCAAGAUGGAGAUCUAACUGCUGCCACUAAUAGCCCAUUACGCUUUUUUUGGGGAUCGGAGGAAGGGAAGGGGAUCGUGGUGGGGGGGUGAUAUUUGAUCCUCCACAAUAUUCCGCGUGGGAAUUUAAACUGGAGGUGGCAGUGUGUUUUUUUUAUGAGGUUGAGUUGCGAGCUCGACAUCGACCCGGCACGGAUGGAGAGCGCGCUCGGGAGCGGUCUGUCACUGGAUCGAACUCGGGAACCUCCGUUCUCGAGCCCGGCGCUGAUCUCACUGCACCACCAACCAACAUCUCACUGUUCCAAUACUCUCCCACUUCAAAUGUCUCUGCUUCCAGUACUCUGAGUUACUCUCUCCUCCCGCAGAUCUCCCCUAUACUCCUUACAGUCUCCUGGUACUGGUAGGACAGAGAGCUCGGCCGAGCUACCUUGGUGUCUAUAUGCCGUCACUGCCACAGUGACUUAAUGCUUUCACUUUCGUGUGUCGAGGUGCUCUCAGCUCCAUGACAAGUCAAUGGCUCAGUGUUCGAGAAAUGGAUGAUAAAUGUUAAUUGCAUCCUGGAGAAUAAACCCAAACACUCCCUCAUUUACUCUCUUCUCCCAUCCUACCCCCUCCCAUUUCCAAAACAUUCCCAUUCCCUUCCCCACUCUCAUUCCUGCCAUUCUAUUUCCCAUUCCCCCUUCAAUACCCAUCCCUAUCCCCAAGCCUCUCCAUCAGGACCCACUGUGGGCAUUUUUACCCUCCCGUAUUGUGUCAGAUGUUCCUGCUGCCAUCGCUCCCUUCCACUGUCUGCUUCUCUGCCCAUGUCCUAUACCCUACCUCAGAGCCUGCCUCCACUGCAGCCUCUAUUGGGUGAUUGUGGCUGCCACCAGCCCUUUGCUUCACCACCUUAAGUCUGCCUCGUAACCACACAGAAGCCAGUGGCAGAGGAACUGAGCAAAACAAUUCCCAGUCACAAACACCUGGACAGCUCAGUCCUGCCCCAUCUCCACAACCACUGAACAGGGCACCAGGGAUCUCCGGGAUGAGUGCCCACUGACCGAGCUCACUGGCAGAUUUUAGGAACCACAUUUGGCUCUGAGAAUCCAUUGCCUGACUUGGGUAAUUACCAGGUAAAGAAACACAAGCUCAUAUUCCUAUCCCAUGCAUAAUAUGUCCUCAGAAUCCUCUCCCCUCCUGUCUCCCACAUCUUUCUCCCAUCUUUGGCCUUGAGCCUCUCCAGCUCUGCCUUAUUUCUCCAAGUCUGUGAAUGCAUCUAUUGUAGCAGCCCACGGCCUUGUUCAUGUGGAGUAGAGGGACUGUGCGUUGAAACGGUAGCUAAAGGUGUUGCUGAAACCACAAAGUGGGGCCACUCGGACAUCAGAGCAACACCCCCACACCCCAAGCGACACAGUCUGGGGCUGGACGUGACCAAUCUAGAGGCAGAGGACCUACAAAAACACUAACACUGGGCUUAUGUUGGACAGGAUUUGCACAAUCAACCAGAUGAACCUUGUACUUUUCCAAACUGCUCACCCACCACCGCCCACCCACACUUCAGCCUAUCCCCACACUCUGUCUGCAGGUAGCAGCAUGGGAUUUGUCCCCCUUUCCUGUGACACACAUUCCAGAUCUCAGGAAUCGGAGACCCUUCAUCUCUGUCACCGUUUGUCAGUGCUAUGGGUCCUGUCAGAAAUAAAGUGUAGCUUCAUAGUUUGAAAACAUUUAAGUUUCUUCUCUUAU